GAGACACAUUGCGAUUCUCAGCCUGAGAUUACCAUGAAUUUUCAAUAUAAUUACUCCAAUUACACCCGAGAUGGCUUCCACCAAGAUCAAGGUGUACAACACAUCCUUACCACCCAGGCAGGAGGCACCUAUUUCCAUGGUGUGGCCCCUACUACUGGCUCUGUAUUCAUCAAUCAGCCUGUGAUUUGGCCUGAGUACCAUGGAUAUCGGCCCCAGCAAAACCAUGGGCUGCUUGGCAACUCCACUGCUCUGCCGCAGUUCCUGCCUGUCACCGAGAUCCCAGUCUUCCACCCUAUCCCUCUUCAGGGAUACCAAGGGACGACCCUCCAGGAUGGAGCUGUAGCCUUCAAUCCCCAGCUACAAGGCCCUGUCAUGUUUGUGGAUGCUAUGGGCCAACAGCACGUCACCUCUGUGACCUUCCAUCCACAGCUGCAAGUGCCCCUUGUGGCCAUGGGUGGAGCUGGCCCACAGUAUGGUGUCCCUGUUCCCUACGCUCCACACGUGCAGGCCCCCGUCAUGUAUGUGGAUGCCAACGGGCAACAGCAUGGCACAACUGUGCCUAUCAACCCACAGCUGCAGGCCCCUAUCAUGUAUGUGGAUGCCAACGGGCAACAGCAUGGCACAACUGUGCCUAUCAACCCACAGCUGCAGGCCCCUAUCAUGUAUGUGGAUGCCAACGGGCAACAGCAUGGCACAACUGUGCCUAUCAACCCACAGCUGCAGGCCCCUAUCAUGUAUGUGGAUGCCAACAGGCAACAGCAUGGCACUGCUGUGCCUUUUGACCCACAGCUGCAGGCCCCCUUCACGUUGGUGGACGGUAGAGGCCUACCUCACGGCACCUUUAUGCCCUCUGAUCCGCAUACACAAGCACCCUUGUUGGUGCUGGAUGCCAACGGGCAACAGCAUGGCACCGCUGUACCUUUCGACCCACAGCUGCAGGCACCUUUCGUGUUGGUGGACAGUGGAGGCCUACCUCACGGCACCUCUCUACAAGCACCCUUGAUGCUGAUGGAUGCCACAGGCCUACAGCAUGGCACCGCUGUGCCUCUCAACCCAGUGCCAACACCAAGCGAACCAGUUCAGCUUUUCGACAACCCACAGUUGCCAUCGAUUGAGCAGCUGGCUGCUGGACCAAGCAGCACUGGCCUGAUGAGACCAGCCCCUGUGGUGCAGCUUCCAGUCCAGCAGGGGCAGCAGACCAAGGCUCCCGUUGAAGUGGCCGUGUGUGGCCCAAGGGUUGUGACUUCUGAUUUGCUGAAGCCACUGGCAACUACGUCCAGGGCAGUUGAAGAGGUCAAGACGGCACAGGCUGGCCAGCCAAAGGCCAAGAUUGAGCCCCAGCAACCAGGCACCAGUGGUUCAAAGGAGAGCCUGGUGGUCAAGCCAAAAAGCCAGGAUGACACCAAGAAAGAGCAGCCGCAUGGUGUGAUGGAGGCUGCUGAGGCAAAACCUGCAGACAAGAAUACCUCCACCAAGCAGGCACUGACGACUGCUCCUGUCGAGGCAGGAAAGGCAGACGCAAACCUGCCCAAGAAGCCUAAGAGCAGUCUCCAUGAGAAUGCUGACAGGCCCAAAGAAAAGAAGAGAAAGCACAAGCAUGACAAGGGUGAGAAAGAGAGGAAGGAGAAACGGCGCAAGAAAGAGACAAGCUCGACUGAGAAAACAACUAAGUCUGGAGAGAAGGAGGGGUCAGAAACCGACAAGAAAGCAGGUGGUUUAAAGGCACCUAAAGAUGAAUCAAAGGCUAAGCACAAGGACUCCUCUAACAAGUCCAAGAGCAAGAAGGCCAAAGAGAUGCAGCCUGCCAUCAUUUUGCAACCCAGAAGCAAACUCGGAGAGCGCAUUAUGCACUCUGUACAAGUCUUCCAUAAGCUCGGAGACAAGAUAGAGAAAGUCAGGCCCCCAAAACCAACCCCAGAGGAGGCUGCCAAAACAUCUCAGUCUGAGCGUCCCAGCUCAUCUGGUGGGCAGAGAGGGCAGCCUAAGAUCCCCUACCCAGUCCAGCCUUACAGAAUCCCUAAGAGGCCAAGUAACAUGCCAGAGCGCCCAGGACCAAGCAAUGUGCCGGACCGUCCAGGACCAAGCAACGUGUCGGACUGUGCACCUGUGCGCUCUGAUGCUGACCAGCCACGCCACCCAGAACACAGUCAAAGCAGGCCUCCUGCACCCGCACCUGAGAUAAGGGCCCAGAGGCCCACAGCACCUGCCCACCCCAGACAUCCCUACGUGGUGCCCCACUUCUUCAAGAACCACGCCCAUGGCAGUGUGGGCGACUACGGGGACGGAGAGAGGAUCAUGUACCUGAAGCCGGAGCACCCUGGCAUGUUCCCCCUCCCCCUCGUCAACUUGGUGCCACUGCCCCCCGGUGCGCCCCGCUGUUUCCACUGCCGGGAGUACUCCGCCACCAUCACCGCCGCGCGCCGCGCCGAGAGAGAGGCCAUGAAGCGUGACGCCAAGCGGCAGAGGGACGAGGCCGCCAAGAUCACACGCAACGGCAUGGACUGCAGCGUGCUGGCUGACCAAAUGCACCUGCCACGUGAGCCGUGGCCGAGGAAGGACAACUGGUUGGAGACCGAACUGGACGAAGUGUGGAAUUUGGAUGAGUGUAUGCUGGGCCCCAGGGAUGACUUGAUGCUCGACUGAAACAA